UCUGCAAAAGCCAAAAGGGGUUUCAAACUCAACAAUUGCAUGGCCUGGCCUUGAGGCCCCUCGCCCAGUCAGAGCCAGCCAGACAUGGGCUCUUGACUGGAUGGGGAGCAAGACCUUCACCUGGGACAAGCUGCAGGGGCAGUGAGGUGCUUGGCCUAUCUUGCUGCUCUCUUGGGCCUCAGAGACCAGCAGCUGGGGUGGAGCCGCCCAAGCGGCUGUGGGAGGCAGGGCGGCUGAGGCUGGCAGGCGGGCAGAACGCCCUUGUGCUAGGAGCCACCAGCUCAGCACCGUCAAGGGACCCCAGAGGGAGGUGGUCUUGCAGCAUGAAGCAGUCCCACGUCUGGCCAAUGGCACUGGUCCAGAGCGGCAGGAUGGCCUGAGGCCCUGGACACCCAGCCCUCUGGCCAGGCUAUCAGUUUGUCCGGCCCCACACAGGGUCCCAGGUAGGAUCCCUGUGCCACUGACUUCUCUCUGCCACACCCCCUUUCCCUUCCCCAGUGGCUGUGGCUAGUCUGGGCCCCAAACCAGCUGUUUUCUCCUAAAAUGUUAUGUCUCUGCCUCCCUUUUUCCAGGAACUGGGCAUAUGUCCACAUGUGAGCCACAACUCUGUGCCCAUCUGGGAUACUUGACUCCCUCUCCCAUACUUCCUCCCAGAGAACAAGGAACGAGCCCCUGUACCCCAUCCUAUAUCUGGGGAUGCCCAUCCUAAUAAGGCAGAGCCCCCUCUGGGCUUCCAUUUUCCCAGGCUUCCCUGGGCACACGUGGGAUCUGCUUUCUCCACUGAAUGAGAACCAGGAGGCAGAGACAACACAGAAUCCACCCUGGAUGUGGCAGUAGGGACGGAAUGAGGAAGGAUGGGUCCCCUGCCCAGCAUCCAUGGUAUCCAUGGUCCUGGGGCCAUUGCAGCAGGAGGUCUGGACGUAGUUCCUGCUCCUCAUCCCCAAGCCGAGUGUCUGCUUUCCAGACAUCCCACAAGCCCCUGCACCCAGGACUGCAGUCUACUUUGGUCGCUGCGGGACAGCCAGCACCCACUCAGGAGUGAUCACUAUCAUGUAUCACGGGCUCCCUGGCCUCUAGGGUGCUGCCUCAUUUCAUGCUUCCACAACCCUGAAAGGCAGGUCCUAUUCACAUCCCGCUUCAUAAAUGAGGAGCCUGGGGCUCAGAGCCCCAGCUGUGGGCCCAGCAGGCAGAAAUCCGACCCUUCGCCCACUGCUACAUCCCCAAAGACAUCUGACAGCACAUCACAUGUCCAGGAGGAUUUCCAGAACUGCACCAACCCACCCCAUUCCAAGCCCGGAACUCCAUUCAUUGGCCCCACCUGCCCUGGCAACUGGUGCCCCAUGCCACCUACUGACCAUCAUUGGUUAGACCCCUUGAUGCCUUAUUUUGUUUUUUGGUUUUUUUAGGAAUUCACAUGUCAUAAAACUAACCACUUUAAAGUGUACAAUUCCAUGGCAUUUAGUACAUUCACAAGGUUAUGCAACCACUACAAUCAAUUUUAGAACAUUUCAUGCCCCAGAAGAAACCCUGCACCUAUUAGCAGUCACUCCCAAUUCCUCCCCCAUCCUCUAGCAAGACCAGCAAUCUGCUUUCUAUCUCUAUGACUUGCUUAUUCUGGGCGUUCCAUACAAACGCAUCAUAAAAUAUGUUACCUCUUGUGGCUGGCUUCUUUCACUUAGUUCAAUGUUUUUAAGACUCAUUCAUGUUGUAGCACGUCGAUACUUCAUUCCUUUUUAUGGCUGAAUAAUAUUCUGUCGUGCGGAGGGCCCUCACUGUGUUUAUUCGUUCCUCCAUUGAUGGACCUUCAGGUUUUUCCACCUUGGCUGUUGAGAAUAAUGCUGCUGUGAACAGUCAUGUAUAAGCUUUAGUCUGAACACCUGUUUCUGAUUCUUUUGAGGAUACAGCUAGGAGUGGGAUCGCUGGGUCAUCUGACAAUCCUAUGUUUAAUAUAGGAGCCGCCACACUGGUGUCCACAGCGGCUGCAGCACUUCACGUUCCCACCAGCACUGCCUGGGUCCCGUUUCUCCCAGUACCUGUGAGCUCCGCACUCUUCAUCACAUCCGUCCUGGGGGUGUGGAGGGGAGUCUUACCCCAUGCUGGUCAGCCCAGGGUCUCCCUUCCUCCUACUUGUUAGGGCCGCAGUGGCUGCUGGGCCAGGUGCAGCCAACCAGGAAGCAGAGGCCCAGCAGUGGGUGGCUCAAACGGCCUGGGAGAACCCACCGGAUUUGGGGAUCUGGAAACUCUGAGUGGGGGAGACUGAUGGGGAAGAAGAGUGGAGAGGGGGACCAGGCGGGAGCAGCCAAGACAGUUGUGUGUAGAGGAGAGGGAAUGGGGAAGGCAGAGGCAGAGAAGGACUGGGUUCUGGGAGGCUCUUCACUCCUGCCGGGAGCAUUGAAUGAAUCCCAACAGGAACUCAUUGGGGUUCAGUGUGCAAGCUAAAUCGCAUUACCGCAAAUCCAGUGAAUAUAAUAUGCACGUUCUUCCCUUGUCCUGGAAUCUUGCUGGAGACCUGACCUGCCGUCCUCACAGUCUGCCAUGCUCAGCACUUUCAUGCGUGGGCUCCCGUGAUCCUACAGCAGACCCGCUGAUGGAGGUAUGGUCAUUGUCCCACUUUAAAGCAGAGGAAAUGGAGGCACAGAAGGCAAUCACGGGCCUUAUGCAGGAUCUUUCUGCAGGGAAAUGGCUCAGAGCCAAGUCUGUGUGAGGCACAGUCCUAUGCAGUCAGGCCAUACAACUGCAAGCAGCACUUCCUGCUUGGGACUUGGAGUAACAGGCUCCUAGAGGUAGAGGGCUCCUGGGGCAGGUUCUCCCUAAUGCUUGGGUUGCCGUGGGUGCCCAAGGAGAAGUGGCUAAGGAUAGGACUGGACCUGUGUUUGAAGCUACUGCCUCUGGCCAGUCCCAAGCAUGGCCUUUAAACCAACUCAAUACCAGGGGGAUGGCAAGCGUGGAUUUCCAAAUGAACAGAGCUCAUUUUCAACUCUUCUGUUAGCUCUCUGAGUCUCGUUCUCCUCAUCAGGAAAAUGGGCAUAUAGCUGCCCUGCAGGUGCCUGCGGGGAGGACCCUCUCCUUGGUUGAGUGACCCUAGCCUAGGCUGGCCUCCAGGGCACCUCAGACUCAUAUUAGGCUUUGAGGUUUCUGCUACAGCAUAUUGCACCCCUCAAAUGCCCACAUGCCAGCUCUCAAGGGCCCUGUUAGUUCUCCCACUGCAUCCACAGGAGCCCAGCCAGAGCAGCCCAUGGUGUGUGUGCCCAGUGGAUGAGUGUUGCAACUUUCUAAUCCCAGCUCAUCAUUCAGCCCAGGAACUAGUGAGGACACGCAUGGCCAAAGGGGCCCUGCUACCCAGGUGGGCAGUGGAGGGGGACAGGGUCCCGACUGCUGCCAGAAUCCCUGGCGGUCUCUCAACUCCUGCCCAGGUAGGGGCUGCAGAUGCCUCCCAGGGGGCACAGCCACCCCAUGGCCCUGAAUUACAAGAGGGUUUCAGGAAGCCCUGCCCCAGGUCUGGACUUGUGUCCCAAACGGUGGCCGCGGGCCCGAGCGGCGCGGCCAUGGGCCGAGGGGUGCGCGCCCUGCUGCUGCUGGGCCUGCUGCACUGGGCCGGGGGCGGCGAGGGCAGGAAGACCUGGCGGCGCCGCGGCCAGCAGCCGCCCCCGCCGCCAUCCCCGCCGCGCGCCGAGGCGGCUCCCGCGGCCGGCCAGCCUGUGGAGAGCUUCCCGCUGGACUUCACGGCCGUGGAAGGCAACAUGGACAGCUUCAUGGCGCAGGUCAAGAGCCUGGCUCAGUCCCUGUACCCCUGCUCGGCGCAGCAGCUCAACGAGGACCUGCGCCUGCACCUUCUGCUCAACACGUCGGUGACCUGUAACGACGGCAGCCCGGCCGGCUACUACCUUAAGGAAUCCAAGGGCAGUCGUCGGUGGCUCCUCUUCCUGGAAGGCGGCUGGUACUGCUUCAGUCGGGAGAACUGCGACUCCCGCUACAACACCAUGCGGCGCCUCAUGAGCUCCAAAGGCUGGCCUGGCACUCGCACAGGCACAGGGAUCCUGUCCUCCCAGCCAGAGGAGAACCCCCACUGGUGGAAUGCCAACAUGGUUGACGUCUGGAGUGGGGCUUCAUCCAAGUCUGACAAGGACGAGUAUGCCUUCAUGGGCGCCCUCAUCAUCCAGGAGGUGGUACGAGAGCUCCUGGGCAAAGGGCUGAGUGGCGCCAAGGUCCUGCUGCUGGCAGGGAGCAGUGCGGGGGGCACGGGGGUGCUGCUGAACGUGGACCGUGUGGCUGAGCAACUGCAGGAACUGGGCUACCCAGCCGUCCAGGUGCGGGGCCUGGCCGACUCCGGCUGGUUUCUGGAUAACAAGCAGUACCGUGGCACAGACUGCAUUGACACCAUCACGUGCGCUCCCACGGAGGCCAUCCGCCGUGGCAUCAGGUACUGGAAGGGGGUGGUCCCAGAGCGCUGCCGGCGCCAGUUCCAGGAGGGCGAAGAGUGGAAUUGCUUCUUUGGCUACAAAGUCUACCCGACGCUGCACUGCCCAGUGUUCGUGGUGCAGUGGCUGUUCGACGAGGCCCAGCUGACUGUGGACAACGUCCACCUCACGGGGCAGCCGGUGCAGGAGGGGCAAUGGCUGUACAUCCAGAACCUGGGCCGCGAGCUGAGGAACACACUCAAGGACGUGCCGGCCAGCUUUGCCCCCGCCUGCCUCUCCCAUGAGAUCAUCAUCCGAAGCCACUGGACAGAUGUCCAGGUGAAGGGAACCUCACUGCCCCGGGCACUGCACUGCUGGGACAGAAGUCUCCACGAUAGCCACAAGGCCAGCAAAGCCCCCCUGAAGGGAUGCCCUGUCCACCUGGUGGACAGCUGCCCCUGGCCCCACUGCAACCCCUCUUGCCCCACCAUCCGGGACCAAUUCACAGGGCAGGAGAUGAAUGUGGCCCAGUUCCUAAUGCACAUGGGCUUCGAUGUGCAGACUGUGGCACAGCAGCAGGGCCUGGAGCCCAGUAAGCUGCUGGGGAUGCUGAGCAGCGGGGGCUAGGGCUCCUGCCCUGGGGCUGGCCCGAGGUCCUCCUGCCCCUCCCGAAACAGAUGGG